AUGCAGCUGUCUACCCUUCUCAUGGCCGUCCUCCCGGCCUCGGCCAUGGCCUUCCCCGGCAUCUUCCCCAUCGAGGGCCCGACCAAGACUGGAUUCGCCAAGCGCGACUCUUGGGGCGGCGCCGUCUCCCUCGGUCCCUCCAAGUCCACCAUCGUCAAGGCCGUCACCACCCUGACCCCCGGCGCCGCUCCCCCCACGCAGGCCGGCGUCCUCUUCCUCUGGCCCGGCAUGUCCAACGGCACCGGCGACCUCAUCCAGACGACCCUCGAGUCCUGGCCCGACAACAGCUGGUGCGGUGCCACCAGCGGCCAGUGGUGCGUCCGCGCCUCCGUCUUCGGUUCCUUCGGCCAGAUCGACAGCGAGACGUCCGCCCCCGUCAAGGGCGACCAGGCCAUCAAGAUCGACUACACCCUCCAGUCCGACCAGAACACCUGGCGCCAGACCGUCACGGACGUGUCCUCCGGCAAGGUCAUCAGCUCGCUCGACCACAAGUCCGGACCCUUCAUGAGGGGCUACGGAACCGGCACCGAGUGCAACGACGGCUGCACCGGUACCAUUGCUGAGCAGACCUACGCCAACACCGUCAUCACCCUCUCCAACGCCGAUACCUCCUUCGGCGAGACCAUCGGCUCCAGCCAGGGUGCUGUCUACACCGGUCUUACCAGCAGCGAGGGCGGCAAGGUCUGGACCAUUGCCUCCAUCAAGGUCCCUGCCAUGCAGUAA